CACACGCAGAGCUAUAAAAGAACACACAGAAUCAAUAACACCACCAUAAGAAAAUUAAAUCUCCAACAUAAUUAGAAGUUAUUAUAAGAAUAUGUCAGGAGUGAAAUUGCUUGGUGUUAAUGGGAGCCCAGCUAGUCAGAGAGUUGAAUGGGCUCUAAAGAUAAAGGGGGUAGAAUAUGAAUUUAUAGCAGAAGAUUUACAGAACAAAAGCCCUCUGCUUCUUAAAUCCAAUCCAGUUUAUAAAAAAAUUCCAGUGUUGUUACACAAUGGCAAGCCCAUUGCUGAGUCACUUGUUAUUAUUGAGUAUAUUGAUGAGGCCUUUCAAGGGCCUUCUAUAUUGCCUAAAGAUCCUUAUGAUAGAGCAAUUGCUCGAUUCUGGGCUAAGUUCCUUGAUGAGAAGUGCUUGCCGGCAGUGUGGAAAGCUUUGUGGAGCAAAGGAGAAGAGCAAGAGAAAGAUAAAGAGGAAGCUGAUGAGGUCCUUAAAGUUCUCGAUAAUGAACUAAAAGACAAGAAGUUUUUCGGGGGAGACAACAUUGGGUUUGUUGACAUAGUAGCCAAUUUUGUCGGAUUUUGGAUAGGAAUUGUUGAAGAAGCCACUGGUAUUGUGCUAGUGACAAGCGAAAAAUUUCCCAACUUUUGUGCGUGGAGAGAUGAGUACCUUAAUUGCGACAAAGUUAAGGAAAAUAUGCCGUCCGGAGAAAUGUUACUCGGCUAUUUCAAGACUCGGGUUCAAACAAUGAAUAUCUAGAUUCUAUUUUCUAUGAAUUUAAUUUCAAGCUUCCUUUUUACACACUUAUAGUGUUUUAUAUAUAUGUUUUAACUUGAUUUGAAGUUUUAUUGAAAAUGAUA